GCAUGCCCUGGGUUUCCGGUGACCUCUGGCCUUUUCCUGCAGUCCUCUCCCUUUGCCUAACGUGCUGCACCCCUUCUUGCUUGCUUUCCUUCCUUCUCUCCUGGGUGUUUUCGCACGCUGCCUGCUGACUGUGGCGCCAGAAACUGGUGAAGAGGCGGUAGCAGAGGACGUUCGUCAUGGCCGCCUCUAAGCCAGUGGAGGCGGCUGUGGUCGCAGCGGCUGCGCCGGGCUCCGGGAGUGGAGUGGGCGGGGGCGGCGGGACUGCGGGCCCGGGGACUGGGGGCCUCCCGCGAUGGCAGCUGGCGCUGGCCGUCGGGGCGCCCCUCUUGCUGGGCGCGGGAGCCGUGUACCUGUGGAGCCGGCAGCGGCGGCGCCGGGAGGCCGGAGGCCGGGGCGAUGCCGGCGGUCUGAAGCGCAACAGCGAGCGGAAGACCCCGGAGGGCAGGGCCAGUCCAGCCCUGGGCAGCGGACAUCCUGAAGGCUCCGGCGCCCACCUAGAGAUGAACUCUCUUGAUAGAGCCCAAGCAGCCAAGAACAAAGGCAAUAAAUAUUUUAAAGCAGGAAAAUAUGAGCAGGCUAUUCAGUGCUAUACAGAAGCUAUCAGUUUGUGUCCUACAGAAAAGAAUGUUGACCUUUCUACAUUUUAUCAGAAUAGAGCUGCUGCCUUUGAACAGUUGCAAAAAUGGAAAGAGGUGGCCCAAGAUUGUACAAAGGCUGUUGAACUUAAUCCCAAAUAUGUGAAAGCUCUCUUUAGGCGUGCAAAAGCCCACGAGAAGCUAGACAAUAAGAAGGAAUGUUUAGAAGAUGUCACUGCUGUGUGUAUAUUGGAAGGGUUCCAAAAUCAACAGAGCAUGCUGUUAGCUGAUAAAGUUCUUAAACUUCUUGGAAAAGAGAAAGCCAAAGAAAAGUAUAAGAAUCGUGAACCUUUGAUGCCAUCUCCACAGUUUAUCAAAUCUUACUUCAGUUCUUUCACUGACGAUAUCAUUUCUCAGCCCAUGCUUAAAGGAGAAAAAUCCGAUGAAGAUAAAGACAAAGAAGGAGAGGCUCUAGAAGUAAAAGAAAAUUCAGGAUAUUUAAAAGCCAAACAGUACAUGGAAGAAGAAAACUAUGAUAAAAUCAUAAGUGAAUGCUCAAAAGAAAUAGAAGCUCAAGGAAAAUACAUGGCAGAAGCAUUGUUACUGCGAGCCACCUUCUACUUACUCAUUGGCAAUGCCAAUGCUGCCAAGCCUGAUUUAGAUAAGGUCAUCAGUUUGAAAGAAGCUAAUGUGAAGCUUCGAGCAAAUGCCCUCAUCAAAAGAGGCAGCAUGUACAUGCAGCAGCAGCAACCUCUGCUGUCUACCCAGGAUUUUAACAUGGCUGCUGACAUUGACCCUCAGAAUGCAGAUGUUUAUCACCACCGAGGACAGCUGAAAAUACUGCUUGACCAAGUUGAAGAAGCAGUGACAGAUUUUGAUGAAUGUAUUAGAUUAAGGCCCGAGUCUGCUCUUGCACAAGCUCAGAAAUGUUUUGCAUUGUAUCGCCAGGCAUAUACAGGAAACAAUUCUUCACAAAUUCAAGCAGCAAUGAAAGGUUUUGAAGAAGUCAUAAAGAAAUUUCCAAGAUGCGCGGAAGGCUAUGCACUAUAUGCCCAGGCAUUAACAGAUCAACAACAAUUUGGUAAAGCUGAUGAAAUGUAUGAUAAAUGUAUUGAUUUAGAACCAGAUAACGCUACAACUUAUGUUCAUAAAGGUUUACUUCAGCUUCAGUGGAAGCAAGAUUUGGAUAGAGGUUUGGAGCUUAUCAGCAAAGCUAUUGAAAUCGAUAAUAAGUGUGAUUUUGCAUAUGAAACCAUGGGAACUAUUGAAGUGCAAAGAGGAAAUAUGGAGAAAGCCAUUGACAUGUUCAACAAAGCCAUUAACCUGGCCAAAUCAGAAAUGGAGAUGGCCCACCUGUAUUCCCUCUGCGAUGCUGCCCACGCCCAGACAGAGGUUGCGAAGAAAUACGGGUUAAAACCACCAACAUUAUAAAACAAGAGGAAAGGAGACUGACCGACCCUCUUUUUAAAAGAAGUUUACUCCCUCUUCAGCUGAACCAUAAACAGUCAUGAAAGUGCUGAAUGGUGGAAUUGAGUAUUCCUGUGUGGUGUUGUCAGUCAUUACAUCCAUUUCCUGUUUAAGUGUUGUGGGCGUGGCUGUUGAAGGAAGUUUGCAGUCUGCAGCUUUCAUUCCCUGUGCAACAAAAGCUUAGACCUGUUAAAGGGGUAUUAAAAUACAGUUGCAGAGCUCAAAGGGUAAUUGGCCAUGCAAAUAAAAACUUUUGACUUAUUGAUUUGGUUUUGGUUUUCUGGUUUUGUUUUAUUUAAUGGGGGUAGGGAAUUGUUAUAUUUGGAAUGUUUUGGCUUUAUAUGUGUGUAUAAUAGAUGAGUAUUUUACAUGAUGUUGGUUUUUAAAUUAAUACAGUACGUGCUGUAAAACAUUUCUUACAUUCAGAUAAUCCUUUUUAGUUUUUUUAAGGAUGCAAUGCUUAAAUGUGGACUUAAGUAAAAUUAAGAGACCCUUUAAAUCAUUAUCAGCAUGGAAAAUGCCUCUUGAUUCUGUGGGACUUUAGAAACUGAAAAGCCAUAGCAGUUGGUUUCCAUAUAGUAAACUAUUCUGGAACAAAGUAUUCUGAUUGAUAGAUACUGGAAGACUAUUGAUGAGGAGUGGACCAGAAAAAGAGGUAAGAUGAAAGCAGAGUAUGUUUAUAAUUAUGCAUAACUAUUUUGUGAAAUAAGUACUACUUAAUGUUCUCUUAAGAAAGUAUGAAUUGUUAAAUGUGUAUAACCCAAACAAAGUUGGAAUAAAUGUUAUGUGGUAGUGUUGACCUAUCUUAAAUUUUCUAGUGAAGCAAAAAAUGGCUAAAGGUUCAAAAUGAUUGUAAGUCUCAUACCUAAAGCAGAGAAUUUUUUUGAAAAUGACAAGUUUAGCGUUUUUGGCCACCUGUGCUUAAAAGAAUUUUGAGCCAGUGUUUUUAAAGAUGCCACAUAGACAUAAAGGGCUUUUUUGUAUUGAACCUUGAGCUCUAAGGACUAAUGGCUGGUGUCCAGGCCUUCACUACAGGAUAGUGACCCCAGAUUUUUGUUUCAUGAAGUCCUAGUAUUGCUUAUUUAGGAAACCACUUUGAGAUAUAUUUCUAGUUAUUAUGUUUAUAGACCAUCCUUUUCUCAUAUGCUAGAUUUUUCUAGUGAGCAAAUGGCUGUUUUCAUAAGGGAUCUCUUAUUUUGAGAUAUCUGGGACAGAAAGAUUUAUUUUAAAUCUGAAUAUAAUAAAAGCAAGCCGUCUGUUGAAAUUAAGUCUAAUUGUAGUUUAUACUGUUGAAAGGCGCAUUUCACCCUCUUUAAAAGGGUGCUUUAUCGUGUUAAAAAUCAAAAAGAUUUUGUUUACAAGUGCUAUCAUUUUAGAAAUUACUAGAGAUAAUUCCCCUUCUAAAAUCAGGCUUUGAAAAGAUUGAGGAGGCCUCUGGCUGAUUUUAGUAGGACAAGUAACAUGAUUUCAGCUGACUGGGGCAAUGGGAAGUCAGAGGGCUCUGUAUUUUGUUUCUGAAUUACAACAAUCCUCAAAUACAGAAAUGUUCUACAUCUCUGACUUGGCUUUUUUAAAAGUUUUUAUUUGCAUGGCUGUAAUUGCGUUAAUACUGACAUGUACUCUUCUUCCUUUUAUCUCCUUGGGGUUGGGUUGAAAAAAAACCAAAUUGAAGCAUGUGCCAUUCUUUACAAUCAUUCCAAAUUCUCACAGACCUUUGCCUGUUGUGAAAAUAUUGAAACUGCACUGAAAGCUGCAUCUGUCUGUAUCUUUUCUUUUGUAAAUGACGUCAUGUGUAAAUUCACCAAAUAAAUAUUACCUUCAA